CCGUGUCUUCUGGAGCGCAUGUCGCAGCCGCUUUGCGCGGACAAACAGCAGCUGUGCGCAAACAGAGGACACGGAGGACAUAAAGAAACCAAUUUAACCGCAAACCAGCCUCAAUCCGUGCAUUCAGAUCCGAAUUUAUAACACAAUAACGAUCAUAAUCCAGGACUCAGCCUCCCUCCACCGCCUCGGCACCGCUGCGGAAACACCCGGACUCUUUUUUUUCUUUUUUUUUCUACUUUUCCGCACAGACGCAGACAGCUCCGUCCUGCUCCUCAGCGGCCUCCAUUUUAGCUCCUUGCCCGGUCGGCGCCUCACGUGUCCUGGACUGUCUUCCUCACAUGACCCGUGUGUUUGUCCCCGUGAUCAGCGCUUCCAUCUCCGUAAUUCGGUGUCGUUGAAUAUCGGCGUUUUACACCCGCAAAAGCUUCAUGGAUAUGCUGGAGCAAAGUCUGGACAGCUCGGCGAGUCACGACAAACAGGAAACAGAGGAGGUGGUGCAGCUACAGGAAGGGGAAGCUGUGGGGACGGACGAGCAGACUGCAGUGACCAUCACCGGUGUCCCUCAGACUGCAUUUGCUGACCACAAUGUGCAGUACCAAUUUCGUACAGACAACAGCGGCGGACAGGUGACCUAUCGCGUGGUUCAGGUGACAGAUGACCAACUAGAAGCGGCAGCUGAUGGGACGGGAGCCGUCAGCGUCGUCUCCACUGCAGCAUUUGCUGGAGCCCCUCAGGCAGUAGCGCAGGCCGUCAUCCAGAAUCCUUUCAGCAACGGGGGAAGUCCUGGCGGGGAGACGGUGGGAGGAGAGACACGUUUCGCUUAUUUCCCUGCAGCCACAGUCAGCGAUGGAACAGCCACGGCCGUGUCGGUGCAGGCCACCGCCGACCCAACAAUUACACAAGCGGGAGGUCAGUUUUACGUGAUGAUGAGCCCACCUGAGGUGCUGCAGACGGCGACCCAACGUACCAUAGCGCCACGCACACACACCUACACUGCAGACCUUGGUGAAAGCGAGAUGUUGCAGCAUGGCAGUUCAGACUGGAAAGUAGAUGGUCCACGGGCGCCCAGGGAUGAGAGGCGAAGAGCACAGCACAAUGAAGUGGAGAGAAGAAGAAGAGACAAGAUUAAUAACUGGAUUGUCACGCUGUCAAAAAUCAUUCCUGACUGCAGCAUCGACAGCAGAACCGGAGCGAGUAAAGGAGGCAUCCUGUCCAAAGCGUGCGACUACAUCCGCGAGUUGCGUCAGAAUAACCAGCGGCUGCAGGACAGUUACAAAGAGGUGGAGCGAGUCGAGAUGGACAACGAGCUGCUUAGACAACAGAUUGAGGAAUUAAAGAAUGACAACGCACUGCUUCGAGCACAGCUGCAGCAGCACGGUAUAGAAGUCAACGGAGAUGCAACACCUCAGUGACUGUGGACUGGACAAGUGCAGGAUCACAAACACAGAGUCGCGUCCUCCCACACAGCUGAACGACACCAGGAGAGGAGCAAAAAAAAAAAAGAAAAGAAGAAAUAACAGGAGACAAUUUCUGUCUGAAAUUGGACCAGAGAAACACGCAAAAGGCUCACGAAGAACACCGAAGGACUGCAAAGUGAACACGUCUCCUCCUCCUGCAGCUCCAUGAAAAGCUUGAACGCUCUGAAAUCCGUUAACUGAGUAGCUAACUGAACCUCUCACUUCUGCUUCAAGGAAAUCGACCUCUGCACUCCACCGCCACGCUGCCGCCAAACUCUUCUUUUUACUUUAAAUUAUGAACCUGCCACACAAAGUUUAUUUUUAGCGUCUUUACGUUUUUAUCAUCACACAAACUUUUUCCUUUGGGUUUGUUUUUUUUAUUUUUUGGACAUGCUUUGUUUGAAGCUACUAAAUGGUCCCAUUUUGUUUUAAUUUAUUAGUCUUUAAACAAUGUGUACACAGAAGUUUAAAAAAAUAGAAGCUGAAAUCAUCUCCAGAAAUGAACAAAUAAUGAGCAAAUCAGUUGUUUUGAUCCUGCUCAGCACUGUUACUAAGAAUACUUUUACUGUCAGUCGAUUUUUUUUGUUUAUUUUAAAUUUCUUCCUCUCGACACUGGUACUCCACACACCAGACGGAGCUCACACACAUCGUCCAUCGUCAGUGAAUUCAAAACUAUAAUUUCUGUAGAGUCAAAGUGGGAGUGGCUUUGACAUCACGGGCAUGGAGGUUUUUCUUUUUAGUGUAAGGCCUUAAUAGAUGCCUACUGGAGAAUAUAGGUGUUAACAUAGCUCAGGUAAUUGGGAUUAUGCACUGGCAAGCGGUUCCCACGUUCAAUGACGUCCUUAUAUAAAGAAUUUAGAGCUCAUAUGUGUCCCCCGUUAGGUGCAAUGUACAGAUAAAGUAACACUGAGAUGAUUUUCAAGGCGAAUCGUCUCUGUCGGGCAUUAAACCAUGGUUUGGUUGUGUAUCUGCUUAAUAGGUCACUGGAAUACAGGUGUGAGGUCCUGGUUGGAGACCGGCCUCGGUUUUGGCCCACCGGUCCUGCUGCGUUUUGGUGACUUUUUAUUUUCCCUAUAUUACUAUUUACACCUUGGGAACCAUCGCUGCUGAUUCAUGACCAUAAAACAGCCAUGGUCAGGGAGGGGAUACAAGUUAUGAUGAUGAUGAUGAUGAUUAUACCUAACUAGAUUUUUUUUUUUUUUUUUUUUUGGUCUACACUGAAAGUCACCACAGCAUGGAAAUAUAACCACUGGCAUGACUAAUUCUGAUACUACAAUAAAUGAGUGUUUAUA